AUGACGGACGAGCACGAUAGAUUCAUUCCCAGUCAGGAACACGACGGACAGGUUAAAACAGUGCUGCCUCCAGCACCGAUGACGACAACUCCGAGUGUACUAGCCUCGACCAUUGAGAACGCAAGCGAAGGCAGUCCAGAACACAACAGGCACUCUAGCGAUGGCGGCGGCUCAGUGAUUCUGUCAGUCUUCGACUCUGAGCAACGUGUCAAAGGUGCGCUGGAUGAUGAUAGUGAACACACGAGAACUUCCAGCGGGCCUCGACGCCGAUUGUUCGCUGCGUGGCGACUGGAAGUGCUGUCAUGCAUCAUGGUCGUCGCAGGUCUGCUUGCAUUGGUCGGGACUUUGUACGCCUACGAAGACCGUCCCUCGCCGAAAUGGCCAAGAUGGAAGUCUCUGAACACCAUUGUGUCAAUCUACGCAAUCAUUAUCAAGGCCGGAAUCGUGCUUGUGCUUUCCGAAGGCAUCGGGCAGUUGAAGUGGUCAUGGUUUUCCAAGCUCAAGCCGUUGUCUCCACGAUAUGCAGACCUGGGAUGA